AUGGCGGACGAGAACGAGAAGAUCUCAGGCACCGAACCUACCGAGCGCCGCAGCUCCAUCCUCGAUACUGAGGAGAAGCGUCGUCAAAGCAUUACGCAGUUGACGGCCAAUACCGAGGGAGAGAUUCGUAAUCCUCUUGUCGGCCUUUCCAAAGAGCAACUGAUCGCUGAUGUCGAAGGCUUCGCGCGCGAGCACCAGCUGGAGGACAUCACCCCACUCCUCAUUAAGGGUGCGCUCGCCGCUCAGGCACCCGCGCUGAUUGACGAGAUAGAGGAGCUUGACGAGAAUGACCGAAUUUGCCUCCGCGAGGAAAUUACGCAUCGCUGGAAGUUACCCAAGAUUCUAUAUGCGACCAUCAUCCUUAACUCCAUCGCUGCGGCUAUUCAGGGCUGGGAUCAGACGGGCUCAAACGGUGCCAACUUGACUUUCGCACAGCAAUUCGGCAUCCCUGACGGCCCUGCAUCUUUCUGUGACGAGAGCCCUGCGAACACGGCAUUGUGCCGUAAGAACAGCUGGAUUGUCGGUUUCGUGAAUUCCUGUCCUUACAUUGCCAUUGCCCUCUUCACUGCUUGGAUUUCCGACCCGAUCAAUGACUUGAUUGGCCGCCGCGGUACCAUCUUCAUUGCUGCAAUCUUCUCAGUCCUCGCUCCCAUCGGCUCAGGUCUUACUCAACACUGGGGCCAGCUCGCAGCAUGUCGUGUACUGCUUGGUGUCGGCAUGGGCCUCAAGGAAGUGACCGUCCCUGUCUUUUCCGCAGAGAAUGUUCCGGCCUCUGUCCGGGGAGGUCUAGUGAUGUCUUGGCAGAUAUGGACUGCGUUCGGCAUCUUCCUGGGCACGGUGGCUAAUCUUGUUGUGAUGGAUGUUGGCCGAAUUGCCUGGCGACUGCAGCUGGGCUCCGCAUUCAUCCCGGCCGUUCCACUACUCUUCGGUAUCUAUUUCGUGCCAGAGUCACCCCGUUGGCUGAUGAAGAAACGUCGAUAUGCCAAGGCAUACAAGUCUUUCCUCCGGCUCCGUAAUACUCCUCUCCAAGCUGCGCGCGAUCUGUACUACACUCACGCGCUCUUGGCUCAAGAGGAGGUUCUUGUCAAGGAGGCCGGCCUGACGCCGAGCAGCAACUUCUUCAGCCGCUUCGUCGAGUUGUUCACCAUCCCUCGUGUGCGGCGUGCUACUCAAGCCUCCGGUAUCGUCAUGAUCGGGCAACAGAUGUGCGGUAUCAACAUCAUUGCCUUCUAUUCGAGCACGAUUUUCCGAGAGGGCGGCGCCACGGACAAGGUUGCCCUCAUCGCCUCGUUCGGUUUCGGUCUCGUCAACUUUGUCUUCGCUUGGCCGGCCGUAUGGACAAUUGAUACCUUUGGCCGCCGCGGACUGUUGCUGUUCACUUUUCCCAACAUGUUCUGGUCGCUUUUAGUCGCGGGCAUGUGCUACUAUAUCCCGGCGUCAAGCACUGCACACAUGGCUUUGAUCGCCUUGUUCGUGUACAUAUUUGGCGCAUUUUACUCUCCAGGUAUGGGUCCGGUACCAUUCACGUACUCGGCUGAGGUCUUCCCUCUGUCGCAUCGUGAGAUGGGCAUGUCUUGGGCUGUGGCGACCAAUAACUUCUGGGCGUCCGUCCUCUCGCUGACCCUCCCGACCAUGUUGCGCGUUAUGAAGGCACAGGGUGUCUUCGGUUUCUAUGCCGGACUAAAUAUCGUAGCCGUGAUCAUGAUCUUCUUGUGGCUGCCGGAGACCAAGCAACGUACGCUCGAAGAGCUCGACUACAUCUUCGCCGUGCCGACGCGCACUCACAUGAGAUACCAAGUCGGCCAGAACCUGCCUUGGUGGUUCAAGACGUAUGUCCUCCGCAAGAAGGGUCUCGCGAAACCUGCCCUGUACAAGUUCGACCACGUUCACCGUACUGCGCCAUCUCCCGACAUUACUGGCGUGAAGGCUUAG